AUGCCAGCAGCAAGGAGAGAUCCUCGGUACAGUGUGCAGGAUAUCACUGAAAUCGUCGAAGAUGGAGAGAGUGAUGUGGACAUACCAUUUGAUGACACCGAUGCGAGUGACGAGGAGUCAGACAAUGACUGUGUGGACAAUGAAAACCAAGAGCCCUCUGACUGCCCAGCCAAUUCUGACAUUGAGCUCAGAGAACAUGAACCCAUCAUGCCCCGUGACAGAUAUCACUGGCAAAAAAAGGACUUUAUCAGUCCCAAUACUGAUUUUUCUGGUCCACCUGUCACAGACCAUGUAACCUUCCUCCAGACUCCACUGCAAUACUUCCAAAAGUUUGUGUCAGAGGACAUGAUUCAAGCCCUGGCUACAAGUACAAAUGAGUACAGCGUUCAAAAGAAUGCAAGGUCUGUUAACACUAAUACAAAGGAAAUACAGAAAAUGUUGGGCAUGUACCUGAGGAUGGGCUUGGUACAAAUGUCUGGAAGCCGUAUGUACUGGGAGACAGAUACACGGCACCCACCUAUUGCUGAUGUGAUGCCACGCAACAGAUUCCAAUCUCUGUUGACAAAAUUACAUUUUGUGAACAAUUUGACAGCGUCAGAGAUUGAAAAGAAGGACAAACUCUGGAAACUCAGACCAUGGCUUGAAUCAUUCAGGGAGAAUUGCCUGCAGGUGGUACCAGAAGAGCACAAUUCUGUGGAUGAAAUGAUGAUUCCUUUCAAGGGGAAGUUCAGCAGCAUCAAGCAGUAUAUGCCAGGCAAGCCACACCCAUGGGGGUUCAAAGUAUGGGUGAGAGCUGGAAUCUCUGGCAUGAUGCAUGACUUCCAUGUUUACCAGGGAGGCAAGAAAGGAAUACGCGUCAAAUCUGAGCUUGGAUUGUCAGGUGAUGCUGUGUUGAAGCUUGCCUCCACACUUCCAAAAGGUCAGAACUACAAGAUCUACGCAAACAAGUACUUCACCUCCGUUCCACUGAUGGUGAAGCUCCUUGAGCAUGGAAUCCAUUAUGUGGGUAAAGCCAGACAGGUGCGGCUCCCCAACUGCAACCUUAAAGAUGAGAAGACUUUGAAGAAGGAGGGUAGAGGAAGCUUUGACCACAGAGUGGAGGGGACACACAACAUCUGCGCUGUAAAAUGGUAUGAUGACAGGGCAGUCACACUUGUGUCAUCCUUCACUGGACCAGAACCUGUGCAGGAGAUUCAGCGCUGGGACAAAGCCACCAAAACCUACAUUGACGUUGAAAGACCUUACAUUGUGGCUACCUACAACAAAUACAUGGGAGGUGUGGAGUUGUUGGACUUGCUUACAGCGAAAUACAAGUUCACCCUGAAAUCCCGGCGUUGGUACAUGUACAUCUUCUGGCACACCAUCACCCUCGCCGUGGUCAACGCCUGGCUCCUCUACAAACGGCACUGUCAGGCUCUCGCGAUGCCAAAGAAGGAGAUGCUAACCAUGAGAAAGUUCCAGGCACAGCUAGCAUCCUCUCUAAUCCUGAUGGACACAACACUCACAACUCCAAAAAGAGGACGUCCAUCAUCAGGCAGCGGGAACCCAGACGCAGCAGGGAGUCCUUUGGCUGCUAGGAAGAGACCAUCCUCAGAUGAAGGGAGUCCAAAUUGUCCCUCCAAGAAAUCAUGUAGUCACCCCCCACUCGAUGUGCGCAAGGACCUCACUGGACAUUUCCCCAUGAAGUUGAAGAGAGGACGCUGCAGACAUUGCAGUAAAGGGUAUACGAAUACCCAGUGCAGCAAGUGUGAUGUUCGCCUCUGUUUUUCAGAGGACAGGAACUGUUUUUGGGACUAUCAUUGUAAAUAAAAAAAAUAA